AUGCUUUCUCAAUCGCAAGUUCAAGCGCAGCCCCCUUUGCAAUCACAGCCUCCAUAUCAGCCUCAUCCGCAGCAACAGCCCCAACAUCCAAUCCAACCACACCAUCAUCAUCACCACCAAUACCAACCACCACCGCCACCACCACCACCUACUCCAGCUGUGCAAUCAACUCCAACCUCAAUACCUCGGUCCGACGGACCUCCUGGUCCCCCUGCCAUUCACGACCCUUCCGUCCGAAAACGACCCCUCUACCCAGUCGAGAAGCCCUCCGCCCCACGUGCAAUUCAGCCUCGCCCCCCGGCCAGCACCGCCUCGCACAGCAGUGAAAGCUCCGCCCAACUCUCCCCACGCUUUGAGACAACCUCCGCUGGUGAACCGCCCCGCAAGCGCGGCCGACCCAGUAAGGCUGAAACCGAACGUCGAAAGGCCGCCGCCGAAGCGCGCGGCGAGACAUAUCCCCCUCCUCGUCGCGCGGGAUCCAACCGGCUCAAGAAUCCCCAGUCUCCGCCCAGUCCACCAGGCCCAUCGCUGGCGACGUACUCCCCCGGUUCAGCGGCACACCCUCAACCAGCGCGGGGACCUAGUAACGGACCUCAUCUGUAUGAAGGCGGUGGUAGCAGAUCCCUCGCGCCUGCUCCGAUCUUUCCUGCGGGUGAACGUCGCGAUGUGCCGAGCCGAAACUCAAUGGGUGGAAAUAUGCGCGAAUUGCCUCGUCUGAAUGAGAUGAGUCAUCCUUUACCGUCGCCGCAUGGUCUGCAAUUAGGGCCGCUUGACCCGUUGGCGCGAUUGAGCGGGAACCCCGGCGAGAGGAGUACGUUUGGGUCGAUCCCCCCCGAUCGCUUUUCACCUGCAGAGAGCGGGCGAAGAGACUCGGCUGCCAGCCGGGGUGAGCCGCCCAUCGGUCCAUAUGCGGAUGUUCGGGCCAGCAUGACUCCAGGGGACAAGUCGAUUCGAUGA